AUGAAGGCCUCGCUCAGCUUCAUCCUCGUGCUGCCCCUCGUGGCCUCGUCGCUCUCGCUCGGCCUGGUCGCCGCUCAGGACGGCGCCCGCCACCACGGCCUCCAGCGACGCUCGCACCAUCACCGCCUGGGCCGCGGCAUGGAUCAAACCGUCGAGGGGGCCGGACUGCUGCGUCGAAGGUCCAAGAACGUCAAGUGCAGGUCCGCCAACGCCAACUCGCCCUCCGAGGAGGGAGGCGAGCACGACGCCGUCAACGCCCCAGUCGGAGGUGUCGCGGCUGGUGUUGCCGCUGGCGGUAAAGGGACCGGAUCAGGCAAUGGCAAGGACAACUACGGCGGCGACUCUGGCACCGGAAGUAGCAGCGGCAGCAGCGAUAGCACUGGCAGCACCCACGACCACACCAGCGGCGGCAACAGCGGCGGCAACAGCGGCGGCAACAGUGGCGGCAGCAGCGGCGACAGCAGCGGGGGAAACAGCGGCGGCAACAGCGGCGGCAACAGCAACGCCACACAGCCGCAGUUGCAGCCGGGAUCCACGCCCGACAAGAAUCUCGCAGGCAACGCCAACUCGCUCACGGUGCGCGGCAAGGUGUCGUCCGGCCGCCCGCCCGCGGGUCAGGACUGGAGCCUGCUCUCGCUCUCGAUGCUGUGGAGCGGCAAGGGCACCACCUUUGGCGGUCCGGGUGCGUGGCAGGGCGGCGCGUGCAUGUACGACGACAUGCCCCACGCCAACCUGCCGGGCAUCGCCAUGAACCAGCGCAACUGGGUCGACGGCUUCGCGUGCGGCGCCUGCGUCGAGAUUCAGCACACGCCCGUCAGCACCUUCAAGCCCAACACGCAGUGGACCAUCGAGGAGGGCACGCAGGUCUCUGCAGGCCAGCAGCUCACCGACCCGACGUACGCCAUCGUCAUGGACCUGUGCCCGGGCCUGGAGCAGUGCAAGAGCGGCCUCGACCUGCACCCGGACGCGUGGCAGAGCGUCACGGGCUCCACGGACGGCACCGAGCUCGAGAUGAAGUGGAAGUUCGUCAGCUGCGAGGGCGUCUUCCAGCGGACGGGCGGCGGCGACAAGGCCCUCGAGAUGCGCUGGCGCAAUGGCGCGUCGCAGGGCUUCUGCGACUUCCAGGUGCGCGGCGCCUACCGCCCCGUCGUCCAGGUCGAGUACCAGCUGCAGGGCAGCUCGCAGUGGACCAAGGCCAACCACCGCGACAACAGCUUCUUUGAGGCGCCCGGCUGCGGGCCCAACGACAAGUUCGCCUUCCGUAUGACGAGCGCCGACGGAGAGAUCAUCGAGAGCCAGGGCGGAUACGCCGCCAUCGGUCAGAACAUGGUCUUUAGCGGCGUCAACUUUGCCAAGUCGUCCUAG